AUGAUAGCACCUUAAGAAAAAUAAAGACAGGAGGGCAGAAUGUCUUGGAUUUUGGGGAGUGGGUAAAAGGAUUAAAGAAAAGAGUGAGGGGGUGGCUCUAUUGAAGGGUGGAAAGGAGAAUGAAGUGGGUAGAAGAGGAGGAUCUAACAAUGAGGGAGGGUGCCUUUUUCUCUCUCCCACUCCCUCUUAUUCUCUCAGUUGCUUCGACUUGAUCAUCCUGUCCUCAGCAUCCUCUUUUCUGUCUCCUUGGCAACAGAGACUCGGGUACCACUUGUAUUCAGAAUCCGUGCAGCAGUGCAGAGAGCAGGAGCAAGUACCUCUCCCCUGCUUGGAUAUGGAUCUGGAACUGGAACUGUCCACAUCUAGGCUGUACUCAGACUUUCUCUUCUACAAUGCUACUCAAAAUUUAUCCUCAUCAAUCCUGUCCAAUACCAGCCAAAGUACCCCAGGACAAGUUGUUUCCAGGAAUCAUGGCUCCAUUAUAAUGGCAGUGGCAAUCACUGCUCUUUAUUCUGUGGUUUGCGUAGUGGGACUUCUCGGCAAUGUCCUGGUCAUGUAUGGGAUUGUGAGAUACACCAAGAUGAAAACAGCCACCAACAUCUACAUCUUCAACCUUGCUUUGGCUGAUGCUCUUGCCACUAGCACCCUUCCCUUUCAGAGUGCUAAGUAUCUUAUGGAAACUUGGCCCUUUGGGGAAGCCCUCUGCAAAGUGGUCCUAGCAAUAGACUACUACAACAUGUUCACCAGUAUUUUCACACUGACCAUGAUGAGCGUGGAUCGCUACAUUGCUGUAUGUCACCCUAUACGAGCACUGGAUUUUCGAACUCCCUCUAAGGCUAAAGUUAUAAAUGUCUGCAUUUGGAUCUUGUCUUCUGCCAUUGGGGUUCCAAUAAUGUUUAUGGCAGUAACAAAGACUAACAAAGCUGGAACAAUCACCUGUACCCUCCAGUUCCCACGUCCUGAUUGGUAUUGGGACACUGUUACUAAAAUUUGUGUCUUCAUUUUUGCCUUUGUGGUACCAGUCUUGGUAAUUACUAUGUGCUAUGGGCUGAUGAUCCUGCGCUUGCGCAGUGUGCGUCUUUUAUCUGGCUCUAGGGAAAAAGACCGCAAUUUACGCAGAAUAACCCGUAUGGUCCUUGUGAUUGUGGCUGCAUUCAUAAUCUGCUGGACACCCAUCCAUAUUUUUGUAAUUGUGUGGACAAUGGUAGACAUCGACAAGAGGAAUCCCUAUGUUGUAGCGAGCUGGCAUUUCUGCAUUGCCCUUGGUUAUACAAAUAGUAGUCUUAAUCCUGUCCUUUAUGCCUUCUUGGAUGAGAAUUUUAAGAGAUGUUUUCGAGAGUUCUGCCUUCCAUUUCGUUCUCAUGCUGAGCAGAGCAGCUUUAGCAGAGCUCGUAACACUACCCGGGAUCAAGUGUCUACCUGUGCCCAAUCUCAUGCCCCAGACAAGCCAGUAUGACUAGACAUGGAUGGCCGAGGGAGAGGAUCCAGAGGCCGCAGAGGGGAAGAUUUGAAUUCUGAAGUCACUCAGGUUACCAGCACUACUGAGUUUUAGCAGCAUAUUUUCCUAUUACGAAUACAGGACAAUAAAUUAUAAGUGAGAAUUUUAUCAGAUACAAGCUUUAUGAAUAUCCCCCAUUCCUUAUUACACUGUUACAUGCUUAUCAUUCUUCUGCAGAGCUGACAAUCAAAGUACUGAAAUAAACAUGGGCAUUGGAGGCUAACCACACUGUGGCAGAAGAAAUCUUUAGCUUUCACUUCAAUGAUAAGGUUGCUUUCAAAAUAUAUUUCAUUACACAGGAACUUUGCAGCCCUUUAUUAUGGGGUGUUUAAUAAUGAAUCCACAAACAAUGUACUGUAAAUGAAGUUGCAGGGACUGUAUACAACAAUUUAUUUUCUUUCUCUACAUUGACAUUCAGAAAUGUUUGGAUUUAGACCAUAAUUUCUUUCAGAUUUAAUCAUGUAAAGCUGAUACAAUGCAGCUAUAUAUUUAGACAAGAAUUUAAUGAUCACUUCCUUUUCUAGACUGCAAAAUUAUAUUUUUCUAAAUGUUGGUAUAGGGAAUUAGAAAUCCAAUGAUUCCAGAUCAAAAUGCUGUUUAUCUCCUCAUUAGUAUCUUAUUGUCAUAUAUAUAUAUAUAAUAAUAAUUCAGUCUUUGCAAGAUUGGAGGUAGAAAAAAAUAAAGCAAAGGAGAUCAAUGACCCAGCACCAGCAAAGGCUGUUUGUUAAAGGACAACUUAAUUUUUGGUUAUUGUUUUCUGAAGCUUUGAAAAAUAUCUCCAAAGGAUCUACACUUGGAUUACUUUCUCAGAGCAGAAGCAAUAAAUGACUUACACACAGACCUUACAACCUAUAUGGUAAAGCAUAUCAUGCUGCUGAGUGGAAAACACAGCAGACGCGUGGGGAACAUGGAAGAGGACACAGUAGCACAUGCCUCUUACUAUUCUACAGCAAAAUGGAACCAGGGAAGAUCAGAGGGAUCUUUGUUCAGACAGGGUACAAACAAUCAUAGACAAUAGGCUUUUGUCUUUCUUAUGCUGCUCACUGAAAAUCAAAUCAGGAUGGGUGAUUUUGAGCAAAGGCAGUAGCGUAUAGAAAUCUAACAGAGGGUCAGCAUCAGCACUGUUAACUAAAUAUAAACAGCAAAAUCUGUCUGGGGAGCUGUGAAAAUGUAACUAAUAUAUAUCUAUCUUCAACUGUGAGACCAGAUACUGAGGCCAUUUCAGUGGCAGUCAGGGAAAUGUUAUUGCCUUGGAAUUAAAAUUUUAUAUUAUAUGUAGGAGACUGAUUU